GGCCCAUAUGUCGUCCCAAAAUAUGUUAGAGACACCCCAACGGUGUCCGCACUCCGCAGCCCUCUUUCCGGUUCCAGCUUCCAGAAAGCUCCGCGCCCGCGCUAGCGCCGCACGCCGGGAAAACCAUCGAGAACGCCCGCCCGCUCACGACCGUUACGGCGAGCGAGAAGAGCACGAGCAGCCACCGCGCGCGGGGGAUGGAGAGGGACGUCGUGGUCUCCGAGGACGCGGCCGCCUCUGCCCCGCCGUCAUCCUUCGCCGAAACCAGGGUCAUCUGCCGCGUAUGCCAGAAGCAGUUCGCGCAGUACACCUGCCCCCGCUGCAACUCCCGCUACUGCUCGCUCACGUGCUACAAGGGGCAUAGUGUUCAAUGCACUGAAUUGUUCAUGCGUGAGAAUGUAACGGAGGAGCUUAAGCAGAUUCAGCCUGAAGAUGAAUCGAAAAAGCAGAUGCUCGAUAUACUUAAACGGUUCCACUUGGAAGAAGAGAUGGAGUCAGAUGCUGGAGAUGAGUCAAUGUUGUCCGAGGAACUUAUCCAGAAAGCCAUCUCUGGUGACAGUAUCAAGCUUGAGGACCUCUCUGACGAUGAAAUCAAACGAUUUCGUCAAGCUCUGGCAUCAGGUGAACUCAGCAAGAUGAUUGAGCCAUGGACACCAUGGUGGAAAAAUCCUUCUGCUAAAUCGAUCUCUCUUAGCCCUGAUGGGAGCCAGCUUAUCAGAGAAAUAAGUACAGAUGACACUGCUUUAUCAAGUCCAAUGACUGCAUCAGAGUCUGUCAUCAAUGAAAUCCCAGAAGGGCCAGAGAUUCCUCUCCCAUCACUCAAACAGCUAACCAGGGCAGAGCCAUCUCCUCUGCUCACUGUUCACUUGGUUGAUAUUCUGUACAGCUACUGCUUCACGCUUCGCCUCUACAAUGGUGACUGGCAUUCUGAUCCUUUUGGUGCUUCAACUGUUGCCUUAUCAAUGUCGAAAGUCAUGGGAGAGGAUGCUAAACCUGAGACUGUAUCAGAAGCGCUCGCGACCUGCAUAGAGGAGACAUGCUCUCCAGCUUACAGGCACACCGGAGGUUUCAGGUUUGCCAUCGGACUCGUAGAUGAUAUUAUCACCAUCAUCUCCUUAGGAGGCACCGCUGUUGUGUGCGCAUUCUGUGAUUUCCAGAGGCUCAUUCAAGCCGCUGAGAGGAUGCUCAAGGAAGAGAAAGUGGGCAGGACGGAAAGGGCGCAUAGCUCCCAAAAGCUCCGCAGCGCGAACAGGAAGCUGUUCUUCAUGACCUGCUGGGCUCACGAGCAACCAAAUGAUUCAUGGCCUUCGUUGGCUCGCAUUGUUGAGGUGCAGAAAGCAUCUCUUGAGGAGUUGGAUAGUGGUAGCCAGCCGCGAAAUGCAGGUAGGAAGAGCAACCCGCAAUCCAAAGUUCUUAUCGAGGAGGUGUAAGCAUAUGAAUGCAGUUGCUGCUAGAAUACCGCACCGUGUAACUUGGUUUCUAUCUUUGUUAAGGACAUCUCGGUGCUUUUCUUCACCUUCCAGUGCACUGGUUCAAUGUAUAAAUUAUGAUCUUUUGAAUAUGUGAUCUUUCAAAAUUCUGUUGUUCUGAUCAUACUUUUCAAGCGAAAAAAAUAUACUGUAGCUCAUACUC